GAAAUUUGUCCGCAGUGGAGGAACACGCAAAGACGCCACCUGGUGGCCCAGCGCUAAUUCUUGUAUUACCGUCCGAGUGCGACAACGGUCACUCUGAUUGGCUCUCCAUUUUGUUUUCCACGGCAGAAUAGUUUUUCGCUGCACCAACUUGUAAUUUUCUACCAAUUGACCGAGCGUUUCUAUAAAUUUAAGUGUUUUAAAACAAACUUGGAGUCAUGGGACGCAAGAAGAAGAAGGCCUCAAAGCCCUGGUGCUGGUACUGCAACCGUGAGUUCGAUGACGAGAAGAUCCUGGUGCAGCACCAAAAGGCCAAGCACUUCAAGUGCCACAUCUGCCACAAAAAGCUGUACACCGGCCCUGGCCUCUCGAUUCACUGUAUGCAGGUACACAAGGAGACGGUCGACAAGGUACCCAACUCGCUGCCAAAUCGCUCAAACAUUGAGAUUGAGAUCUUCGGCAUGGACGGAAUACCUGCAGAGGACAUCAGGGAUCACGAGCGACAAAAGAACGGCGGCAAGUCGGACUCGGACGAUGACGAGCCGGUGGCCAAGAAAAAAGUAGAAUAUCCCAUGAGCGUGCCACCGCCAAUGAUGAUGCCGCCAAAUAUGAUGCCGCCACACAUGCUGGGCCAGUAUGGCAUGGGAAUGAUGCAACAUAUGCCUCCGCUUCCUCCAUACCCGAUGCCCAUGAUGCCGCACAUGAUGCCGCCUCGUCCUCUAUUUCCUGCGGCAAUGGCCACUACCUCGGCAGCAGCAGCAGCGGCGGCGGCGCAUCACCACCACCAUGCCGCCGCUAUGGCCCAACAAAAGCCAACAUUUCCAGCUUACAGUAAUGCAACCAUAAGUGCUCCGCCCACCACCAAUCAUGCUGGUGGCACAUCCAGUGCACCACCAAGUGGACCGCCAGAUGCUCAGCAGCAGCAGCGCCCGCCAGUUCAACCAGCUGCUGGUAGUGGACCGGCGGCUGCUGUCACUACCAAGAUCAUGCAUCCGCCUGAGGACGCUAGCCUGGAAGAGCUGAGAGCCAGGCAGCCCAAGUACCAAGCGCGAUUGGCAGCCGCUAUGGCUGCCCUCGCGAAUCCGCAAAAGAGCCAGAGUCCCAGCAACAAUGGUGCCGCCGCCUCAUCGUCGAUGCCUAGCACCCCGCCGCCACCAUCGCUGGCGGGGAUAUCGCCCACGGGCAGUAGCAGCGGCUUGGCGGCCGCUAACGCGCUUGCCGUCUCCACAGCCAUCUCGAAGGCCCAGGAAACCGCCGCUCUGGUGGCCGUGGCACAGGCACAGGCUCAAGCCCAGGCGCAAGCUCACGCACAAGUGGCUCAGGCUCAGGCUCAGGCCCAGGCCCAAGCCCAGGCUCAGGCUCAAGCCCAGGCGCAGGCCCAAGCUCAGGCCGUGGUCCAAGCUCAGGUGCAGGCUGCUCAGGUGGCACACGCAGUGCAGCAGCAUCAGCAGGCGGCGCAGCAGCAACAGCAAGCAGUGCAACAGCAGGCGGCGCAGCAGCAACAGCAGGUGGUGCAACAGCAGCAGGUCAAGCAACUGGAGGAACUGAAUCGGGCUGUGAUGCUCCAACGCUUUCAGGCUGCACGACAGCAGCCGGCGAAUCCGGGCGCUGCUGCAGCGGCUGCGGCGGCCGCAGCCGUUGGCAUGAUGCCGCUACCCGGUCACAUGCAGCUGAUGCAGCCCAUGCUCAGACCGGCUAUGGCUAUCGGACCACACGGAGCUCUGAUCGGAGGAAAUAUGCUAAGAGCCGGUGGACCAGGAUUCAAUGGUAUUCCGGCAGGUUUACUGCCCAUGCAAAUUGGAUUACCAGGAUUGCCGGGGGCUCUGCCGGCUGGUGCCAUGCCGAUGCCUGGAAUGAGCGUUAUGCUACCUGGCCAUCCGAAUAUGCUGCAGGUGAUGCAGCCGCGCUUCAGAUGAUGUCUGCCUGGAGCGCCGGCUCUGUUGCAGGCGCCAUCAGCCCAGCCGCCAACGCACCUGCAACCGCACACGCACACGCAUCCGCAUACGCAUCCUCAGCACGCGCAGCAACCGCAGCCGUUCAGCAGGCCAGCAGCUGCUCCGCUGUUGGCCCUGCCGCUGCCGCUGCUCUUCCACGAGUGAGGCAAGCCUGGGAUACAGCUUAUACAUCAGCAAUCAGCAAAACGCACUCAGCAAGCAAGUUGUUUUCAAAAAUUGUUCCAACCAAAGCCAAGUUCUUUUUCAAUGUAUAACAGUUUUUGAGACACUCCACCCACAACACACAAACACACACACACACACUUCUCCGCCACACGCCACCCACUAAUCUGCGGUUAUGCCUAGUAUAUCAGUCGAUGUCAUAUACUUAUUUCGUUCAUCUAAAGCACUACAUUCUGGCUUUUGUUUCCCAAUAAUCGAAUUGUUUAAUUUUCUUUCUUAAUCCAACCAUCUCGAUGUGCGUGCAUAACAACACCAACCACAACAACAACAACAUCUCUUUAGAUAUAUUGUUCGUGUGCUCUUUGUAUAACACACUCUAUCCCCACACACACAGUACUAUAAUACUAUCCAUCUGAAGCUAUUUUGCUGUGCUGUAGAUCUCUAUCCUUAUCUGUAUCUAUAUAUAUCUGUAUAAUCAACAAAAACUAACCGUUGACACUUAACCCCUAUACAAAUUGUUGUUUUCUUAACAAUCUCUUUCUUUUUUUGUUUUUAGUUUUAUUUAGCGAGCGUAUGUUUUAACAUCCCACACUCAAGUUGUUUAAUUCUAUGUAUAUCUCCUCCGAAAAAAGCAAAUGAAAACCGAACAGAAAAGAACUUCUUUGAAACACACACAAAAACCAAAAAACCAAAACCAGAAACCUGAACGCUCAAAGCUCUGGGUAUGUUGACAAUUGCCAUAAGCAGCAUUUUUGUGUUAUCGUUCUUGUGUUUGUUAUACGUGCGUAAUUUUUAUACAUAUAUACCUUCGAUUCUUCCUGUCCAUGUGAAAUGCUCUACAAAACUGUUAUAAUGUUAAGCAAAGCCGACCAGCAACUUUUGUUUAGGCCCCAACAUAUUUUCUAGACUAGGGAUGGAUUAACUUUACUGGAUUAAUAUCUAUUCCGCGAAGUUCGAUUUUAUAAAUUUAUAGUUUAACGAUUCGGUUCUUGUGUUUCAUAUUUUAUAUCGUAAUUUUCUUUACGAUAUACAUCCCUAGUCUAGAUCGUUCCUUCAUUCGUUCAGUUGCUUUCAGUCAGCUGACAAAAAGUAAGUCCUAUCUUUCCUAUUCAUAGUAUAUACCUAACUAUAUACAAAUACCUUAUAUACAUAUACAUGAAUAUUCAACGUCUCUCUCUCUCUCUUUGUAUCGUUUUUAUUCUUUUGGUGUGUAAUAUAUAUAAAUUCGGUGUGUGUGUCAUCGCUAGAUGAUGAGAGCAGAUCAGAGCAGGUAUCUACAAUCAAUUUGUUUUUCUUUUUAAUUAUUAUAUAUGCAUAUGAAUACUAUAUAUCCUAAGUAAUUUGGUUAUGGUAUGGUUGGUACUAAACUACGACUAAAAAAAAAAAAAAAUCAAACAAAAA